GUGAGCUAAGUUUAUCUUCUCUGAAUGGACAGACUUCACUGAGCGUCUGUGUUUAGACUUAUUAUAUCAAGAAAUAUGUGACUCUCACACUUCUUAUUGAGCUCGUGUUUUCUUGCUGUGGAAUUUCAAGAUUGCUACGGUAAAUGGUCAGUUCAAAUUAAAACAUCCAUCUGCAACCAAUAAGAUCGUGAUUAACGCUGGUGAAAUGUUUGUUGACUGUAAAUUGCGUGUGCUGCUUCUUUUUACAAUUUGUUGUAAUAAGAAACAAAAACUCAAAACCUCCAAAGAGCUGUCGGAUCUCACGCCUCUGAAUUGUUUCCACAUCUCAGACUCACUUGGUUAAAAACUGUAAUAAUUCUGACAAAGUAAAACAUAAAUUCUGUCUGUAGUUACGUGAGCAAAUAAAAUCUAUAAUCUAUGUUUUAGAUAUCUGACUGAGUGCCAUCAGUUUUCUACCAUCUCCAAUAUCUCAACCAGCUUUGUUGCUUUCUAAACUGUCUCAGCUGGAGUUAGAUCAUGUGAUUGUGGAGGUCAGACCAAGUCAUCUGAUGCAGCACUAUCCCCGGUCACAUAGACCUUAAAAAGCCCAGAGGUGUGUUUUGGCUCGUUGUCCUGCUGAAUAACAAAUGAUGCUCACAGUACAAGCCAUGCCAAGGUUUGUGCUCUUUAGUUUAUUGGGCUUAUUUUUGGUUCUUGGCUGGUUAAUCGUGACGUGGUCUCUGUGAGGCAUCUCAAAUACUAAACAUAGGGGAAAAAAAUUCACAUGAGAACUUGUGUUCAGAUAUUUUUAUGGUGCGGCAUCAAACACACACGGUGGUGGUGAGAGUGAAAAGUGUUUCACUCAUUUUAUGAUCGCCACAAACAACGAAAAUGAUCUUCUCAAGCAGAAUCGGCCCGGAGGUGUUAUGAUCUGCAUUGUUGCGCUGAGUCGACUGUGUGAGCUCGACAGCAUGUGUGAGUCAACAGGAGUUCAGCUCGGUGAGCAACUAACCCCGAUGACGAAGCACCUUUAGCUGAGAGCUGCAUCUGCAGGCGGAUGAUGUCAUGGGAAAAAUGUCAUGGAAUAAAAUGAGAUCAUAUCAGGUGAUAAAAUAAAAGUGAAACAUGGACGGGUUGGCAAAACCGAAUGAGAACAGAUUAGAUGAUGAUUUUAUUUAUUUUUUUGUGAUUAAUUGUAGGAUCAGGCAGUUUUUAGAAAGAAAUUAUAUAGACAUGAAGUGACUUUUACAUAAUAAUUUUAAAAAAAUAAAUAAAAUUACAAUAAUGUCCAACAAAUCCUCAUAGAUAGAAUUGUUAAUAUUCUCUAUAUUGCGUCUAGACUUUGCAUUGCACUGAUGUAAUGUCCAUAAAUAAUUCAUAUGUGGGGAAACGUAAAAGAGGCUGAGCUGUGGAGGAGGAGAAAAUCACUAAGAGCACAGAUGAGAAAGAAAGAACUGUAUAGACUGUAUGCAUAUAUGUAUAUGUAUAUAUAUAUAUAUGUAUGAGAGAGAGAGAGAGAGAGAAACAGAAAGAGGAGUGGAAACAGAAGAGACAUGUGGUCGGGCAGAUGAUGGCAACCCCACCCAGGCCUGCUUCCUCUCAGUCUGCUCAGACCAGUGAUAAGCAACUGAGGAGGAAGUCGAGCUUUAUUUCAUCAGGACAUGUGAAGAACGAUGAUUGUUUCUAUUUGCCAAGGAGCGAUUUGUGAAGCUUUGGUGUCAUUGUCAGGAUGAUACAGUAUGUCGCGAAGAUGACUUUACGUCCCCCUGAUAGGACAUGACAGUACAUAGAGUCGAUGGUUCGUUUUGAGCGGACAGGGCGGAGGGAUUUUUCAUCUUUUUUUUUUUUUUUUUUUUCACUCAAACUGAAUAAAUCUGGCUACGCAACACAGUUCGUCGCCCAAAUUGGAUCGUAUCAGAGAGUCCCAGGAUGCUUCCAGUCCUGUUAAGCUCUGGCAUGAAGCCGCAGUAGCUCCCCCUCCCCCCCCUGACAGAUAUCCAACUUUCCUUAAGAGCUAGAGGAGGAAGACUGGAAACCUGGAUGGGCGCCCUGUCUUGAGGCGGGAAGCAGGACUAGACUUCAGACGGCAGAUUGUGAAGCCUGCAGCCUGCUUGGAUGUUCUCCUCCUCUUAGCUGAUUAGCGUUACUGAACGACUUAUUUGUCCAGCUGACUGCUAGUUUUGUUUGUUGGACGUGUGGAUGCUGCUUACAGGGAUUUUGUGGAAAACUAUCUAGUUGUCUUUCCAGCUCUGGGGGCGGGGGGGGAAAAGCCCACCCUGGUACGACCAUGGAGGGUCUUGAGCAGCUUGAUGUAGUGGGCGACAUCAGCCCGGCUCUGGAGGCCACAGAGGACUUCAUCCACUGCAUGGACAGGAUGCAGGGCCAAGGUCCGAGCCAAGCUCAAACGGUGAACCUCCAGCCGGCUCGGCAGCCCAAGCAGCUACAGGAAGUGUCCAGCGCAGCGCUGGGGAAGCUGAGCUCCAGCGGCGUGUGGAGCCUCCUGGCCGGAGAGCAGCCCGAGGUGGGACCCCUCGGCUUGGCCUGGGCCGACAACUUCAGCGUGCUGGGGCUGGGGAUGGGCUUGAGGCACGGCAAGAGGAGCAGAGCUCGCUCCACCAAUGACCUGGCGGCCCACAGCAAGGAGUGCACCACCAACACGGCCAACUCCUCCACCAGCUCGGUCUUCAAGAAGGGACACAACCGGUCCAGGUCGGACGUCAACUACAGGCCGUCCGCCUACACCGACAACGGUCUGCCGACGGUGGACUGCAACACCCUGAAGAACAUGAUUCUCAACCAUCAGCGAGAUGCUGAUAAAAGUAGCAGCAGUAGCAGCGUGGUGAAGCAGGGUGAGAUGGAACAGCGUGAAGGCCCCCGGGGCCGCUGGACACCCUGCCAUGUCGAGUUGACGCCUUGCGAGCUCCGGCUGUACACUCUGGACAGCAGUGCCAACCUCCAGCUGGGCACCGCCUACUCGCUGUCACACUGCCAGAGCGUCAUCUCGCCAGCGCCCUCCAGCCAGACCAGUCAGAUCACGCCGCCCGCCGACCAACGCACGCUCCAGGCUUUGUUCUUCAACAGCACGCGUCUCCAGCUGAGGGCGGCCAGCCAAUGGGAGGCGAUGGAAUGGCGACGACUCAUGUGGGAGAAGGUCCAGGCGGCCAGACCGGUGAGGAAGGAGAUCCGGCAGCUUAAGACCGGAGUGGAAAAGCAACAGGUCGCUAAGUUUCCCGCUCCCAUGUCCCCCUCCUCGUCUCCGUCUCCAUCUGGGCUCGACACCAGGCCCGAUGGCGAGAGCGACACCCCGACAUCAGGAGAGGCAUCGCUCUCUCUUCAGCCUGUUGUCCUCAGUAGACCCACCACACUCCCCCUGUUCACCCAGCGCUGCCAGGAAGUCCUCAAAGCUGGUCUGCUGCACCAGCUGAUGGACCAGAACAACUGGCGGGCCUUCACCUUUGUCCUGACGAGAUCGGCUCUCCAGGCCUUCCCCACCGAAGGUCGUGGGUCUGUGUCCAAACCCGUCCACCAGUACUCCCUGGCCUCCUGCUCGUCUGUGCAGCAAGACCAGGAGGUAGAGAACGGAGAGCCAUGGGCUGAUGGAAAAGCAUUUUUCCAGGCUGUUUUCCCUAAAGAGGUCCUCAGACUUAGGGCGGAGGACCAACUCAAGGCCCAGGAAUGGGUGGAGGCCUUGCGGGAGGCGGUCGCAGCGCAGAGGCCUGCACAAGAAGAUGGAAGAAACUCAGGAGAAGGACCCUCCAGCGUUCAAGGAGUGCUGUUGAGGUCGAAGCCGUCCAGGGAUCGGAGGCAGAGGGAGGCCCAGAGAGCCAAGCGACAGUCAGUCACCACCAGUUUCCUCAGUAUUCUCACAUGUCUGGCUGUGGAGAAGGGGCUCACUGCUCAGAGCUUCAAGUGUGCAGGUUGUCAGCGUCCAGUAGGCCUCUCCAGGGGGAAGGCGAAGGUCUGUUACUACAGUGGCUGGUACUACUGCCAGAGCUGCCACCAGGACAACUCUUUCCUCAUCCCAGCGCGCCUGCUGCACAACUGGGACACCAGCAAGCACAAGGUGUCCAAACAGGCCAAGGAGUUCCUGGAGUUUGUGUACGAGGAGCCGCUGCUGGACGUCCAGCAGCUCAACCCGUGUCUGUACGAACACUGUGAGCCUCUCAGCACGGUCCUGCGCCUCCGUCAGCAGCUCCAGUCGCUGCGAGCCUACCUGUUCAGCUGCAGAGCAACCGUCGCUGAAGACCUCAGGCGAAGGAUUUUCCCCAGGGAAUACCUGCUACAGCACAUCCACCUGUACUCCAUGGCUGACCUGCAGCAGGUGAUUGACGGUAAACUGGCUCCCUUCCUGUCCAAGGUGAUCAAGUUCGCCAGCUCCCAUGUGUUCAGCUGCAGCUUGUGUCGAGAGAAAGGCUUCAUCUGCGAGCUCUGCCAGAACGGACAGGUCAUCUACCCCUUCCAGGAGAACGCCACCCGCAGGUGUGACGGCUGCGGCGCCGUCUUCCACACAGAGUGUCGUCAGAAAGCUCAGCCGUGUCCUCGCUGCGUUCGUCGAGAGCUCCACCACAAGAGGCCGUCGUCCUUCUGGUCGCCUGAAGACGACAGCCCCGGAUGCUUUCACCUGCCCUACCAGGACACCUGAGACCAACACACACACAGAGAGAAGUGGUAACAAAGAGGGCACCGCCGUGACGGCCGUGACACUGGACAAAGUGCCUGUUCUUUUUUUUUGUUUUUUUUUUUUUUCCUGGUUUGUGUGUGUCUGAGGGAAAGAACCUGCAUCAUCAGGUUGUGUACCUGCCAACACACACACCUGAGCAGAGCCUCCUCCGUCCCACUGUAAAGACCUGGGGGGUGGAGGGGGGGGACUAACCGAAGAACGGCUGCAUCAGGCUUCACAGACUAAACUACUGCUAUUAUGUAGUUUAAUGUCGUCACACACAGGACGUCUUGUUCCAUCUCUGUCCCUACACACACCUCCAUCUUCACCUAAUGCUUUUUCCUCACGUUAAAUAAUAAAAAACAUAUUGGUGGUUUAAUCAAACCGCCUGCUCUUAUUGUUAAGAAAUGAUUAGACUGGAAAUGAGCAAAUAUUUUGGGGAAAUUUGCUGCUUUUCUUCUGGGUUUCUCCCGACGAACUAAGCGUAAAAUGAAUCCUGGCCUCUGGGAACACGUCUUUGUUUACAAACUAAAUCACAGAGUAACUUGAAUAACUGCAAAUUGAAAAGGGAAAUAACCAUUAAUCUAAAAAAAAAAAAAAAACGUGGUGGAGUCGCCCAAAUAAAACUUUACCGUAGACUUGAAUGGCGACUGUUACGAGAAUAAAUGUAUUAAAUAUUAAAGGACAAGUUCACAGUUUUUCUGUCCUAAAACCACAGUCAGGUGCUCUUAGAAAUAAAAGGAUGUAAAUGUUCAGUUAAUAAGUUAAAAAAACAUUUAUACUAUUUGCUUAAGUUUAAGACCAGACCGAUUGGCCAUAACAUUAAAACCACUUGGACCCACCUAAUCCAGCAGGAUGCAGCCUGACGCACAGACUCAGAAACAGUUUAAGAACAAGGGAGACCUACACAAUAUUAGGAUGGUGGUCAUAAUGUUAUGCCUGAUGCCAAGCAUGUUGAGACCAACCUCUCUAACCAGAAUUUGCAAAAAAAAAAAAAAAGUAUCUUUAAAGAACCUGUUAAAUAGUCGAUACAUCUAAAGUAAAUAAUGUGAACUUGUCCUUAAUAAUAAUAAUAAUAAUGAUAAAAAAUUAAUUUACAGUCCCGUUCAGUGAGAGCAUUCGAGUGGAUUUUGGGUUUACAUAGAUGUGAACUCACUGAAUAAUGAAUAAAUAAUUAAAUUAAUAGCUGACCCGUCCUCUUAUUCACUGAAACGUGUUUCAAACUCAUCAGUGUUUUUCUCGACUGUAAAUGCAACCGGACUUUAAUUUCAAACUUUUCUCCAUCCCUCCAUCCGUCUGAGUGUAAAAUAAAAAAAAAGGGGCAAUAAUAUACUGUAACUUAUUCUCUCAUUGUUGCCUUCCUCCUCUUCCUCUUCCUCUUCCUCUUUCUCUUCCUCUGUGAUUCUACAUCCUGUUGUGCUUUACUCAUGCAGAAUCUAUCCAACACGAUAGCGGCUUUAGCUUUUAGUAUCUCUAUGCAACCUAGAUGGCCUUUAUAUAACCCUCCGCUUUCAUGUGUAAAGGUCUGGAAACACUUCAGUUGACUUAACGCCGCCGCACCAGCUGCGUCUCCGUCCACGUUUUUACACGAACGUGAAGAAGAGGAAGAGCGGGGGUCGUUUCUGUCGGCUUGAAGAAAAUUAUAUUGUUCAGACUGAAUUCAUUUUUAGAGUUUUUUGUUUUUUUUUAAGUUUUGCUUAUCACAAACUAAAGAAAGUCAAUUCUGGCUUAAAGCUGCACCCCAGUCUGCAGCUUUAACCUCCUGAGACCCUGCGUCCUCAUCUGGGGACGUUAAGUUUAAAGUUUGUGGCCGAUUAUUCUGCUUCAUUUAAACUUUUUUCCUCAUAACUAGUUGGUGUAAAAACAUGAUAGCGGGCAUUUCUGCUGAUUCAUUCUGCAGACGAUCACGUAACAAAAAUGGAUAAGAUGCAAAACCUCAUCAGAUUUUACAGUUGUUUAUUUAUGUUUAUUAACUUUUCUAGUUUAAUAUAACACGCAAAUUCUAUCAACAGUAACAAGCCGUAACUUUGCUAAUUAGCAAGUACUCGAUUGUGGACGUUGGGACUGCAUUAUUUACAAUUCUGUCCAUGUUCAGACAUGAAAAUUAACAGUUUUAUUUUUUGUUUCAUGUUGGUUAGACUUUAUUAUAAUAUUGAGUGAAAUUAUCCCUGUGUCCACAUAUAAGGACAUAAUGCUUUUCCCAAAAUCUUUCUUCCUGUUCACAGGUGACGCUUAGUUUUUAUUGUUCUUAGCUCCUACUGAUCCCAAAUACGAGAAAAUGUCAGGUCUCAGGAGGUUAAAGGAGCCUGAGGGCCACGUUAAAGCUCCUCCACGACCACAAAAUCUUAAGUGAGGAAAUUUUGGCCGCGUCAUCUGGGCCAAUAGGAUCAGGUGGGCGGGUUUUAUGUGACGGUGAGAACAAGAUGGCCGCCAUCAGAAAGACAUUGACAGUGAAAUAAAGCAAUUAAGGCAGAAAACAACUCGUAGUACGUUGCUCUGAUUGGUUGCACGUAGAUUUUUGUGUUUAUUGGUUGAAACAUAAUGAAAUCCAACUGCUCAGACUCAUAUUCUGCUACGACGCGAGCUUCUUCUUCUUCUUUUUUUUAAUUCACUAUCUAUAAUGUGGAUGGAAACGUAGCUGCCAUCUCUUCCUGCUCCAUGUUUUCUUUUCCUGAAAGUCUCCGUGUGGAUAGACUGAUUCUCUCUUUCUCUCUUUUGAGCCAUAAAAACCAUGUUAGACCUUUGUGGGAAUAAGCUGCUGUUAUCAGCGCCUGACUGAACUGACUCUGGUUUUAUUCAGGAACACGUAUUACGAGAUCAGACCGACAGUGAUCCAUGUCUACGAAGCACGCAGGAUUCUGUAGACUGAGUAGUAGUUGAGGGUAUGACAAGAAAAGUGCACUGAUUUUAUUUAUUCUAUUGUUUGGUUUUUGACCUGAAGCUGAUUGACUGUGCCUGCUGCAUAAAAAAAAAAAAAAAGGGAAGUAUUUGUAUUUAUUUUGAAUGCGUGGGGUUUUCUUUUCAUGCACCGUGGAGCCCGGCAGGAUUCAAGGAGCUUCAUUUAUUUAUUUAUUUUUUAAAUGUUUGCACAGAUUAGAGUUCUGCACACCAACCCAGACUCAAAGGCUUUAAUACAGAUCAUGAUUCGCUCACAACAAAGUGGUUAAGAUCAUCUGGAGAAACUUUUUUUUUAUAUCAUGCAUUAGAUGUUUUUAACGUUGCAAAUGAACCAAACAUCCUCUGGGAUAAAUUAGCCUCAGUGUAUUGUUGCAUAUUACAAAGCACAAGUUACUAAUCUGCGUGCACAAAUGAUUGAAAACAUAAAUGAAAUGAUUAAAUAAAUGAAGCGCCUGCCGGGCUCCACAGUUCUCAUCUUAUGUAGUGAAAGUUUUGGAUUUUUUUUUUUUUUUUUGUUGCUCAUUUUAUGCUGUUUGUUCAGACAAUUUAAAGAACAAGUUUGAUUGCAUUUGCUUUUUUUUUUUUUUAAACUUUUACUUGAACGUAUUAUAAUAUUUGAGAACAUGUUGUUUGUUUUUCCUUUUGCAUAAAGACAAAACUUAACUUGAACAUCGACUGGAAGAAACGUUCUUUAUGUUUCAGGCACAUGACGAUCGUCAUUUCUGGAGAAGAUUAUAUAUUGUACAGUAUUUAAGCAGAGUUAACUGGACAGGAACUCUUUUGCACUUUUUAAGUUAUUCGUCGUCAAAUUUUUUGUUUUGUUAAUUUUUUUUUUGUUUUUCUCCAUCGCAGCCAAACUCUUAUGCAAGAACAGGGAGUUGAUUCGAUUCUUUUCGUUUUACAAUCGCCACUGUUCAUUCCUCAUGUCUGGUUUUGUUCAUGUUUGUCCGCUAGCCACUGAUGCCAAUAAAGACAAACUUCUUAAUAGUGGAA